GCGAUACGUGAGUGGCUCGGGAGGUCGCAGUGAGGGCAACACAGUAGUGUUUUUCCGCUCACAACGCCUUGUUUCGUGUUCGCCGUGUGUGCUGCUGCGUUGAAUGACCCAGUCUGCUGUGAAGAAACUGAAUUGAGGUUGACUGCAGCUGAAGACGCUUGAAUUUGUCGGAUAUUUCGGGCGGGUGUGUGAAGAGCGCUGAGGAGUGCGGUGAAGAGACCCGGCCAUGCGUGAAUACAAGCUUGUGGUGCUCGGCUCCGGUGGUGUGGGCAAAUCAGCCCUGACGGUCCAGUUUGUCCAGGGAAUAUUCGUGGAGAAAUACGACCCCACGAUAGAAGACUCUUACAGAAAGCAAGUGGAAGUGGACGGCCAGCAGUGCAUGCUAGAGAUCCUGGACACAGCAGGAACGGAGCAAUUCACAGCCAUGAGGGAUCUGUACAUGAAGAAUGGUCAGGGCUUCGCUCUCGUGUACUCAAUCACAGCGCAGUCCACAUUCAACGACCUGCAGGACUUACGGGAGCAGAUCCUACGAGUAAAGGACACCGAGGACGUGCCGAUGAUACUGGUGGGUAAUAAGUGUGAUCUGGAGGACGAGAGAGUGGUGGGGAAGGAGCAGGGUCAGAAUCUGGCCCGACAGUGGAACAACUGUGCCGUUCUAGAAUCCUCCGCCAAAUCAAAGAUAAACGUCCUUGACAUCUUCUAUGACUUGGUCAGACAAAUUAACAGGAAAACACCAGUGGAAAAGAAAAAGGCAAAAAAGAAAUCAAACUGUGUCCUCCUGUAGAGCCCCGUCCCAACAGCAGCUCUGAGCCAGAAUGCUGUAAUGAAGAACUGAUCGCUUGUUUGGAUCAUGUCAACAUUGCCGUCCUCGAAUGAAUCAACGGAGCAGCCGACUGUCUCAAAGCAGCGCCAGACAUACUGCGUUAGAACACCAGUCACAACUCUAUUUCCCAUUUAUUUUGACAGAAAAGUCAGAGGAACAGUUCAAUUUUUCAAGAAGAACUGAGGACAACGCAACAUUUCCCUGACUUUCUGUAUGGCUAAUGAAGAAAAUAAAUCUCAUUAUUAUUAUUAUAGUGAAUAUUAAUCAUCAUAUACCCAGGAAGAAACUUUUUAGUAGUUCCACCAAAUGAAUCCAUGGACAUAAUAAAGAUUUUGGGAUUCAGCUUUCAUUGAUUUACUUUCAACAUCAAUCUAACAUGUAUGCUGAAAAUCUUAUGGCAAUAUAUGAAAUCCUUCAACUUCCUCUGAAAACACAGAUGUUCAAAAACGUCCUUGACCUGCACCGCCAAUGAGACGAUCGCUGAAAGUUCAUCACAUGUUUUUAAAGGAUUAAAAACUCUUCACCAUAAACUCUUGAACUCAGUGCUUUUCUGAGAAAAGUGCAAGAAAGAGUCGACAGUAUUCCUUUUUCGCAAUACCGCUCGUUCAAAGACAUGAGUGACAACAUACAAUAUCCUGUUCUCAGCAAACAGCAAACAGCAUGACCAUCUUUAAGUGUAGUUGUUGUAAAUGAUGUCAAGUUCACUUGCUUUUCCUUAGUUGUACUUUCAUUCUUUAUAAGAUGUGUAAAUGUCUAGACAACAUAAAACUGUAUAUAAAUUAUGUUUUGCCUACAACUAUGGAUGCAUUCAUCAGAAAAUACUGCCCCCGUCCCCAAUGUGACGUUAUUUUGUAUUCAGUCACUUGGUUUUCCUAGUUCAUAUCGUAUUCUGAUGCCAUUCUGUUUCAUAGAGACUGUUUCAUAAGACAACGGGCCUUUUAUAAUGUAAAAAGAGGGGGAAGGAUGACUGAUUUCUGUGUCACUCUGAUAUAUAUUGUACUAAACCUACAUUUUCCUCUUGCUUUUUCUGUCAAAAGAUGUUCUGGCUUUUAAUAUUAUUAAAUUUUAGUACCUUUUCAUUA